UGUAUGGUAUGUGAUGCAGUGGAAGUGGAAGUGGUCAUAGGAAGCAAGUCACAGCCCUGUCCCCCAUACUUGCUCUGGCUGUUCACACGUGCUCAUUCCAGGGAAGAAAAGUCAGAAGACCAGGAUCUCCAGGGCCUCAAGGACAAACCUCUGAAGUUCAAAAAGGUGAAGAAGGAUAAGAAAGAAGACAAAGAGGGCAAGCAUGAGCCCCUGCAGCCACCCGCCCACCACUCUGCUGAACCAGCAGAGGCAGGCAAAGCGGAGACCUCAGAAGGGUCAGGCACAGCCCCAGCCGUCCCGGAAGCUUCUGCCUCCCCUAAACAGCGGCGCUCCAUCAUUCGUGACCGGGGACCCAUGUAUGACGAUCCCACUCUGCCUGAAGGCUGGACCCGAAAGCUGAAGCAAAGGAAAUCUGGCCGCUCCGCUGGGAAGUAUGAUGUGUAUUUGAUCAAUCCCCAGGGAAAAGCCUUUCGCUCUAAAGUGGAGUUGAUUGCGUACUUCGAAAAGGUAGGCGACACCUCCCUGGACCCUAAUGAUUUUGACUUCACGGUAACUGGGAGAGGGAGCCCCUCCCGGCGAGAGCAGAAACCACCUAAGAAGCCCAAAUCUCCCAAAGCUCCAGGAACUGGCAGAGGUCGGGGACGCCCCAAAGGGAGCGGCACUGCGAGACCCAAGGCAGCAGCAUCAGAGGGUGUGCAGGUGAAAAGGGUCCUGGAGAAAAGUCCCGGGAAGCUGCUGGUCAAGAUGCCUUUUCAAGCUUCGCCGGGGAGCAAGGCCGAAGGGGGUGGGGCCACCACGUCAGCCCAGGUCAUGGUUAUCAAACGCCCCGGCAGGAAGCGAAAAGCCGAGGCCGACCCCCAGGCCAUCCCCAAGAAGCGGGGCCGAAAGCCAGGUAGUGUGGUGGCGGCCGCCGCUGCGGAGGCCAAAAAGAAAGCAGUGAAGGAGUCUUCUAUCCGGUCCGUGCAGGAGACCGUGCUCCCCAUCAAGAAGCGCAAGACCCGGGAGACCGUCAGCAUCGAGGUGAAGGAGGUGGUGAAGCCCCUGCUGGUGUCCACCCUCGGCGAGAAGAGCGGAAAGGGACUGAAGACCUGCAAAAGCCCCGGGCGGAAAAGCAAGGAGAGCAGCCCCAAGGGGCGCGGCGGCAGCGCCUCCUCGCCUCCCAAGAAGGAGCACCACCACCACCACCACCACUCGGAGCCCCCGAAGGCGCCUGCGCCGCUGCUUCCGCCCCCGCCCCCGCCCCCGCCCGAGCCCCAGAGCUCCGAGGACCCCGCCAGCCCCCCUGAGCCCCAGGACUUGAGCAGCGGCGUCUGCAAAGAGGAGAAGAUGCCGAGAGGAGGCUCGCUGGAGAGCGACGGCUGCCCCAAGGAGCCAGCUAAGACUCAGCCCGCGGUCGCGACCGCUGCCACGGCCGCAGAAAAGUACAAACACCGAGGGGAGGGAGAGCGCAAAGACAUUGUCUCGUCCUCCAUGCCGAGGCCAAACAGAGAGGAGCCUGUGGACAGCCGGACGCCCGUGACCGAGAGAGUUAGCUGACUUUACACAGAGCGGAUUGCAAAGCAAACCAACAAGAAUAAAGGCAGCUGUUGUCUCUUCUCCUUAUGGGUAGGGCUCUGACAAAGCUUCCCGAUUAACUGAAAUAAAAAAUAUUUUUUUUUCUUUCAGUAAACUUAGAGUUUCGUGGCUUCAGGGUGGGAGUAGUUGGAGCAUUGGGAUGUUUUUCUUACCGACAAGCACAGUCAGGUUGAAGACCUAACCAGGGCCAGAAGUAGCUUUGCACUUUUCUAAACUAGGCUCCUUCAACAAGGCUUGCUGCAGAUACUACUGACCAGACAAGCUGUUGACCAGGCUUCUUAGGGUGUGCCUGCACCUCCCCUCCCACCCGGACCUCCCCCCUGUGUGGUCAUUAGGGACAGUGAGUGCUUGAGAGGACACGCCCGUUUUUCGGUGCCGGUGCCGUUGGUGCCCCAGUCUGCCCUCUCCUCUCCCCCUCCCCUGCCCCACCCCUAUACCCCAGUUCCCCACCCACGUUGGGACAAGGAGGUGUGAGGCAGGAGAGACAGUUGGAUUCUUUAGAGAAAAAGACAGAGAUGGCCAGUGGCUACAGCCUGUGUGAUCUCACCCAUGGUGGCACAAAUCUGGCCCCACGCCAGCCCCAAUCCAAAACCGACUAGGACAUUUCACAGAACAGGGAAGUAAGCACCUGUUCGCUCCAGUUCCGCCAUGGCUAGGAGGGAGUCAGUCCUUGAGCUGCUGGGUGUAGAUUGGCCUGAGCCGCAGGAGAGAGGACGGCCGGGGGGGCCGUCCUCCAGUGGGUGGCGCUAGAGAGAGGCCGUGGAAGCCGCAGGACAGGGCGCGGGCAGGCUGGCCCCGACUCCUCCGGGUGGCAGAGAGCAGUGGGGCCGAUGGAAUUCCUAGUCGUUCAGAGCAGUCUGUGACUGGUAGACAGAGGCCUAGUGGACAGGUUGGGGGGCCAGGGGAAAGGAGGGGAAAAUGUUCUUCCAAAACUUUCCAAUUCUACUCCUUUAGGGACAGCUUAGAACUAUUUGCACUAUUGAGUCUUCAUGUUCCCACUUCAAAACAAACAUGCUCUGAGAGCAAACUGGCUUGAAUUGGUGACACUUUGUCCCUCAAGCCACCAGACGUGACGGUGUUUAGAACUACCUGGAUCUGUAUAUACCUGCGCUUGUUUUAAAGUGGGCUCAGCACAUAGGGUUCCCACGAAGCUCCGAAACUCUAAGUGUUUGCUGCAAUUUUAUAAGGACUUCCUGAUUGGUUUCUUUUCUGUCCUUCCAUUUCUGCCUUCUCUCAUUCACCCUUUCAUUUCUUCCCUCCUCGUUCAUCCCUUCUGCGCCAGGUACCCACAGUCUCCAACUUUACCUGAGUUGAUGCUGGUCAGCUCAGUCCCCCAGAUCUCAUCCUGCCCUUGGCCUUCCCACUGCCAGCCCCAGCCCCAGCCCCAGCCCCAGCCGCACCCUGUUCUGAGCCCUGAAGAAGCCCUGGGCUCUGCCGAGUCCACCUGGCCCUAGCACCUUGGCUUCUCUGAAGGGCAAGAGAGCAGCAUGAUCUUGCUCUCGUAGGGAGCUCCCUUCCCUGGUCAGACCCUGCAUUCUGGGCCUUCUGAACCUUCUACUUGAGAGAAACAGGCAGGAGAAGUUGGGCCGAUUUGGAUUUGGGAGCUGAGGGUAGCACAGAGGCCCCCUUGGCCUGCCAGAGUCAUUGAGUAACCCAGCCCUGACCUUGGCCUCCUCCAGGCCCAGCUAGCACAGUGCAGUGCAACAAGGCAGCAGGUGGGAAGGAAUGUAGGUGCCCCAGAUCUGGGCCGGGACCAGCGCCUAGCCCCCUGGCCCCUCCGCUCCUCCUCUGAGUUAACCACGAGUUCUCUUCUGAUGGAAAAUGUGUGGCUUUUGCUUGCCGGAGACUGGGUGGGGCCAGCCCACCCCAGGUUUCCACCUCUGUGCCAGGGCUAUGGUGUGGGGGCUUAGAGGCUUGGCUUUGCUGUGGGUGUUCCUUGAUCAGUCUCCAUUUAGGACCCCAUCCCCUCAUUCUCUGUUCAGGAAGUCCUUAUCUAGCUGCAUAUCUUCAUCAUAUUGGUAUAUCCUUUUCUGUGUUUACAGAGAUGUCUCUUAUAUCUAAAUCUGUCCAACUGAGAAGUACCUUAUCAAAGUAGCAAAUGAGACAGCAGUCUUAUGCUUCCAGAAACACCCACAAGCACGUCCCAUGCGAGCUGCUGCCAUGAACUGUCAAGUGCGUGUUGUCUCGUGUAUUUCAGUUAUUGUCCCCUGGCUUCCUUACUGCGGUGUAACCAUGAAGGAGUGAAACAUCCUAAAAACCGUCUAGCACUUCCUUGCCAGUCCUUAGUGAUCAGGAACCAUAGUUGACAGUUCCAAUCAGUAGCUUAAGAAAAAAACGCGUUUGUCUCUUCCGGAAUGGUUAGAAGCAAGGGAGUUUGCCCCCAUUCUGUUUGCAGAAUCAUAGUUGGCCUUCGUAGUGUUUCUGUACCCAUUGCCCUAUGCUGCAAAAGCAAGUCCCACAACCAGACCCGCUCUGCUGUCGAGCCUCUGGGCUUCACUUCUGACUCCUCCCCAGGAAGGGAAGGGGGGGUGGUUGGAGGAGGAGGCGAGUCCUUCAGGACCCCUCUCCCUUCAAGGACAAAAGGCUCCUGACCCCGAAGUAGCCUCGCACUCCCGGCACCCACAAAGGAUGCCUAUCCACGCGAGUACAGCGUCCGGCCAGUUUGUCGUGGAGACGCCGUCCGUUCUGGUCGGUUGGGUUUUUAUGCAUUACACUUAGUCCAGUGGAAUGUGACUCCUGGAACCAGUGUCAAGACAAGAGCUGGCCUCCCCAUCAGCUCAGUACCAUCUGGUCCUGGGAAGACGAGCGUGGGGCCCACCAUGCCCCCCCCUUUCACCCAGGACCGUUCAGGGGCUGCCUGGGUGUUGGUGGUUGAGGGCACAGCGUUUCAAGUGUCAUUUUCCUUCUGCCCGGCCUGACCUGCAGCCCCUCACUCCCCGGCUGCUUCUCCUUACAGUUCCAAAGCCACAGGCAGCACCUGGGGCUCUGUAGGGUUUUCUCUCCUUCUCCCCUUUCCUCCACAUUCCCUCUUCUGCACCUAAUAAAAGCACCACGAGUAAGUCACCAUUAAGCAGGUCGCCGUGGUGGUUUGUCGCCCUGGCAGGCAGGGGCCCUGCAGCUCCCAUGCCACCCCUGUCCUGGGUCAGGUUGAUAGGAGGUUGGAGGGAAAGCCAGGCCAUGGGAUUCUCACCAGCUGUGUCCAGCCCAGUUUGGGGGUGUGACCUCAAUUUUGUGUGUACUCGGCCACCCCGAAGAUUGGGGGCAUCUUUUAGGGACUGUGUGAAGAGUACAGAAAUUAACCAACAGCUUUUAGAUACCUGUCUGUGGGGCUAGGUCACAGAGUCCCUUUCAGUCACCCCAGCCCUCGUUCUAGUUGUUAGUUACUACCUCCUCUCCCAACAGAAUGCCAUAGGCCCUCGAGCUCCUCCCACAAUGCCUAGCCCAGCUCUGCCCUGCCCACUGGUGGGCCUGCCCUAACCAGUGGAAUUGCUGGCCUUGACACUGUAGUGAAGCAGGGCACUGAGCCACAGCCAGGCUCUAAGACAGCUCCCUUCUGCCGCUGCUGUAUUCCCACAUCAGAAGGCACAGGACACACCUAGAAAUGCCCCGUUCCCCAAGUCCGUCAGUGCCAAACUACCCAAGGACCCCAGCCCCUCAACUUCCUGGAGGGUACAAGCCGUGGUGGUGGCCCGGGGACCCUGGCCACAGCCAGCACCUGGCUUCUACUCCUGAGACCCCGUGCAGGUGUGGAAAACAGUCUUCAAGGGCACCCUUCCUGGCUCGAGGCCACCAGUGGUGGCACUAGGACCCGGAGGAGCCCCAACAAACCUGCUCCUCUGCCCAGCUUUUCACUGCUGUGACGGGGGUGUGAAAGAGGGUACUAGUCCGAAACAAACUGCCAUGUUUAGAGGGAAAGGGGUUUCUCUAGCUGACAGGACCUCUGCAUCUAAGUAACUUUUAAUAAAGCAGCCGAAGCGCAGGAAGGAGCAAAAGGUAUGAACUGAAUUCACCAGGUGGGGCCGACUGGAUCUUGCAGGGCCCAGGUAGAGCCCGGCAGCCGAACUCCGUGCCCCCUUUCCAGAGCAUUCCCACCCAGCUCUCGGGGCUGAUGGAGCCAGGGAAGGUCACAGGUGCCGGUUCUUGGAGAAGCCUUUUGCGCACCCUUUCCUAGCCAGUGUCACCCCGAAUCGUUUCCUGAUCGGAGUUUCACACACAGAUUCUAGGACUGAUGGGCCAGACCUCAGGAAGCGAGCUAUGUCUAGAGCCCUGCGGGCCUUUGCCUAGCCAGUUCCCGGAGUCCUGGCUCGUGGGGGUGGGGGUGGGGGCAAGCAAUGGCAGCGUCGCCCCGCCUGUGGUAGAAGCCCUGCUCCUGUGCCCCUGCGGCCCCACCGUGUCGCGUUCCUGAUCUUACUCUGUUCUCUGUAAGGGCCCCCCCUUUGCUCUCUUCAUCAGUAAACUCGUCCACUCUGGAGGGGUUUGUUGAGUCUCCAUUUUUGCGUCUUUCUCUUUCAGCUACUGUUAUCGAUCUUUAGAAAAGGCAUAGUCUAAUUGUUAUCAAUCGCUAGGAUACUGCCUCCCCCAGGGUCUGAAGUUACAUAUUAACUGGUAAAAAAAAAAAAAAAAAAAAAAGUGAACACUGAAACCUGUUCUUGACAAUUCAGAAGGAAAACCUAGAAAACAUUUGGCAGAAAACCACAUUUCAGUGUUGCUGAAUGAAUAAGACCAAGCUUUUGCAGAAAUGCUGAUCUAAAACAACUUGGAGCUUGGCCUGACAUGUGGUGAGUGCUGCAGGAAAAGGGGAAUCCAGCCUGAAGCUGCUGGGUCUGAGGCUCGGGGCCAUCCUGUCCUGUGGGGCCGCCCGCCUGGUCCCAGACCUGUAGGAGCCCAGCGCUUGGUGUGGGAAGCAGAGUUUCACCAGUGACUCCAGAGGCCUGCGACGUCCUCACCACCGAGCACCACCUGUUCUUUGCUCCUUUCUCAUCUCGACAGGGCCCUCCCCAAGUGCUGGUUUUUCAGGAAAAAGGGAGUUCUAGGGUCCUAGGGCCCAGGCAACUAGGAAGGUGAGGGUGAGGUGUCCCUUUCAGCCUUGACCUGUGCCCUGAGGACGUUCCCCCGCUCUGCUCUCCCUGGGGCCCAGGGCCUAGGUGAAGCGGUGCUCCCUUCUGCGGUCGGAGGGGAAGACAGUGGCCUGAGCACCCACUGUGGUGCGUGUCCCCCUCGCCCCUCACCAGCGAGAGCCCCUGGGCCGGAGGGACGGCAGGUGUAAGAACAGGUGCCGGGCGGAACCGAGACCCUCCGGAAGGGAAGUCCGGCCUUGGAGUUUGAGAGCAUCCGGGAAACCUGCAAAUUGCCUUUGCUCCCCAGCCCCCUUCCGGCUCCCCUUUUCUCAGGUCCUCAGCAGCGAGAGACAAUGAGAUGAAAAGGCCAAGAGGUUUGGCUCCUGCCCACUGGUAGUCCCUCUCCCUCAGUGUUUGUGUGUCCAGUGACAGAGCUGUUCCUCCUGGUGACCCUGAUUAUAUCCAGUACCUUAUAGACUAUACGCAUAGGCCUGCUCGGUCUCUAUCCUGGGCUUUUGUUUUGCUUUUUAGCUUCGCUUUUAGUUUUUCUGUCCCUUUUAUUUAAUGCACCAACUAGACACACAGAGCAGUUGAAUUUUUAUAUAUAUAUCUGUAUAUUGCACAAUUAUAAACUCAUUUUGCUUGUGGCUCCACACACACACAAAAAGACCUGUUAAAAUUAUACCUGUUGCUUAAUUACAAUAUUUCUGAUAACCAUAGCAUAGGACAAGGGAAAAUAAAAAACAAAAAACAAAAAAAACAAAAAAACAAAAAAAAAACACAAAAAACUACAAAUCUGUCUGCUGGUCACUUCUUCCGUCCAAGCAGAUCCGUGGUCUUUCCUCGCUUCUUUUAAGGGCUUCCCUGUGCCAAGCUAAGGAGGCUCCAGGCAGCGUCCGGGUUUUGCACUGUUUCUCCCAUGCUCGUGAGAAAGGUCCCAGGAUGCUGGUGCGAGUCAGUUCACCUCAGCGGGUGGGCGCGAGAGCGCUUCCUUGCCCUGGCAAAGUCUGGAAUGUAGUUGGCACCACCUGGCCCCCUUUGCCGUCUGGGUGGGGCAGCUGGAGUCCACGGGGAGGGGGGUGGCCUGACCCCCCGCCCCCGCCCCUCCCGGUGACGCAGUCAGAGUGAUGGCGUCUGGAGGGCCGGCUCAACAGACCUCCCCACCAGUAGGGCUUCCGCUUUGCCGAGACUGGAGGGGAGCUGGGGGGCCUGUCACCUCUCUGAAUGUGUGAGCUGCACCAGGUAGAGCACCAGGGACCCCAGAACCACAUACGAGAGUCCACCGGGUCCCCUCUAGGAGGUGGCAAAGACUCCAGAAACAUCCCUUUCUCUUCUCCCCCGUCCUACGAGUAACCGCAUUUGCUUUUGUAAUUCUUAACGAGCAAUAUCCGCUAGAGUUUAGCCGUAACACUUCUUUUUGAUCGUUUUUUUUAAGUAAGUAAAAAACACCAAAAAAAAAACCAAAAACAAAAACAAAAACAAAAAAACAAAACCCAGAAACUUGUUCUUCCAAAGCAGAGAGCAUUAUAAUCACCAGGGCCAAAAGCUUCCCUCCCUGCAUCAGUACUUCUUCUGAGGCCUGAACCAAAAGAGAAACGCUCAUAAGCCCUUUGGGUGGCCAGGCUAGCCGUGGGCCCCUCGGAGGCCCCGGGCCGGGGCAGCCUGUGGGCCCAGCGUGGGGCCGGCUCCAGCCUGCGGUCAGUAUUAGCGGUGGGUCACAGCGUCCUUCCCACCCAGCCUGGGGUGGGGGCAGACAAGGCGAGGGGGCCGUUGCCGCCGGUGUUUGCCGCUAACAGGUGGGUGUCCACAUGUGUCCACUGAAAGCACAUGCUUUCCGACUGAAAUCAGCGCCCGAGUUAGCCUCACACGGUGACCUCUCGCCCGCCUGGACGGAGCAGGGCCCACCCAGUCGAGUGUUUCUGGGGAGCUGGACGGUGGAGUGCAAAAGGCUUGCAGAACUUGAAGCCUGCUCCUUCCCUUGCUACCAAGGCCUCCUUUUCCGUUUGAUUUGUCACUGCUUCAAUCAAUAACGGCCGCUCCAGAGUCAGUAGUUGAUGAAUAUAUGACCAAAUAUCACCAGGACUGUUACUCAAUGUGUGCCGAGCCCUUUCCUCGCGCUGGGCUCCCGUGUACCCGGACACUGUAACGUGUGCUGUGUUUGCUCUCCUCCCCUCCUCCUUCACCCUCCCAUUGUUCUGGGGUUUUUCCGUUUGGGUUUGGUUUGGUUUUUCUUUCUCCUUUUGUGUUCCAAACAUGAGGUUCUCUCUACUGGUCCUCUUAACUGUGGUGUUGAGGCUUAUAUUUGUGUAAUUUUUGGUGGGUGAAAGGAAAUUUGCUAAGUAAAUCUCUUCUGUGUUUGAACUGAAGUCUGUAUUGUAACCAUGUUUAAAGUAAUUGUUCCAGAGACAAAUGCUUCUAGACACCUUUUCUUUACAAACAAAAGGAUUUGGAGGGAGGGGAUGGUGACCAAGAUGAGGGGGGCUGUCCUUUUUCCCCAGGAGGGGAGUUCCGAAGAGAUGACCCCUGCCCAGAUCAGCCAGAAGCCACCCAAGGAAGUUAAGCCUAAACCAACGGACCAAAUAGCUGAUGUGUUGCCAUUUUCAAAGAGCAAAACCAGGUUUCGUUCCACCCAGUGGAUUCUGUUGCCUUUUUUCCCCCUGAGAUUAUUAGCAUCAUCAUUACUUUCAAGGACAGACAAGGUUGGUGUCCCUUUGAAGGGAGACAGGAGGGGUGUGGGCAGAGCCGACCUCGCAUCAGCGGGAGGAGGAUAGGGCCGGCCGAGCAGCACAGCUCAGACAAAAGGUGGUCACCUCCCUGGGGACCUCCACUGUGGCCACAGAGUCAAGUGUGUGUUCGCAGGGCAGAUGGCCACUCUCCACCCGAUGCGGCUCUUCCUGGACGGGCCAGGUGGUGGGCAUUACCAUUUGGGACACCUCCAUCACAUCCCACCCUGUCCCAAAGUCCACAACACUUCAUGUGACCUGUAGAUUCUUCACCAUCCGGGGUGAUCUGAUGAUGGGGGAGGGGUGCACUCUCUUUGCUGUCAUCUGAUCCCCAGCAAAAUUUGGGCAUGACAAAUUCAUGCUUCCCUUUCCUUGGCAAAACCAGAUCCUUCUGAAAAAAGCCGUUACCCACACCAUUGUUCUGGGCUCAUGGAACAGGGACAGAUGUGUGCUCCCUUAGCACGCAGCCCCCCCCCCCCACCAAAGGCAAGGACAAUGCUGACUGUCAAGACUAUUUGCACAUGGGAAGAACCAGGCAGGGUGGCUGCCCCCUCCUGAUUCGCAGUGACACCGGUCGCCCUAGACAGAGGAGCUCCAGCCGGAAACCCGGCCGAGGGUGGGAGAGAGGUGUGUGCGGGCCGGGGAGCAGCCCAGGACAGACUUGGUUAGAGAUGUCUCCAAAAGCCCUCCAUCACAUUCACCUUUGGUUUUUGUGUUUUGGGACAAUUACUUUAGAAAAUAAGUAGGUUGUUUUAAAAACAAAAAAUACUGAUUGCUUUUUUGUAGUGUUCAAAAAAAGGUUCUUUGUGUAUAGCCAAAUGACUGAAAGCACUGAUAUAUUUAAAAACAAAAGGCAAUUUAUUAAGGAAAUUUGUACCAUUUCAGUAAACCUGUCUGAAUGUACCUGUAUACGUUUCAAAAACACCCCCCCCCACUGAAUCCCUGUAACCUAUUUAUUAUAUAAAGAGUUUGCCUUAUAAAUUUACAUAAAAAUGUC